GCAAUCAAAUUUUGGGACCAGCUCUGGCGCAUAGGUUGUACUGUUUCCGUGCUAGGAGUUAACUUUCUGGCUUCCUACUCUACAAUUACCAGCUACAGCCCGUUUUUAAUUUGUGCAUAGUAUUGAUGUGUGGUGUGGGAUUUUGCCGUCGUAUUCACCAGAACUUAUGCAUAUGCUUAGCUAUAUACACUCUAUUUGAGUAUCGUAUUCCGUGUGCCCACUGUCAUGAUCGUGAUGCUACGUUAAAUAAACAUUCAAGUGUGUUGUUUGCAUCACUUACAAAUGAUAGCGAGUAUAUGGACAAAGAAAUGCUCGUGAAUUUCCUGAAGUCUUUGCAUCUGUACGAAGAAUCUCCCCAUGAGAACGAUUCCAAAGAAGACAAGUGUUUCACGGCAAGUGAAAUGUUCGAUUUAUUUUCUCCCAAUCACUCACAUCUAAACCAAACGGAUUUUCAUGCGUUGUUGCCGACUAUCGUUUAUGAGUUAAAAACUGGAGUUUGUAAGCACAAUCAUGUACACGAAGUAGUUCCUUCAACGCACGAGUUCAGUUGGAAAGCCUUUCUAGCUGCAAUCGGUGCUGUGCUUUUGGUGAGCUUUUCAGGACUUAUUGUUGUAUGUUUGGUACCUCUAAUGUCCCGAAGUUUUUACAAUGUUGUAACUCAAUUCCUUAUAGCGCUUGCAGUUGGAUCACUUGCUGGUGACGCCUUUCUUCACUUAAUACCUCAUGCUUUUUCUGGUGCUGGACAUAUCCAUCACAACCAUGAUCACGAAACUAAUAUUGUUCAUGAACAUAUUGACGAACAUCACCACGAAUCUAUAUCAUCAACAAAACUCAACUCGCACCGGAAAAUGAUUUUGGAGGCGCUCAUAGCUCUACUAGGCAUUUAUAUAUUUUUCUUAACUGAGCGGCUUACCAUCAUCUGUCAAAAUAAAAUGUCUAGACGGAAGUUGAAACGUCAACAUAGUACUGCAUUGAACGAAAGCCAGAUGUGUAAUUGCUCUCCUGAACGACCCAUGGAUAAUAGUCGUUGCGUAGAUUAUCUUAAUGAAAAGCAAAUAAGUGGUUCAGAUGGUGCUAAUCAACCGCACUGGUCGUUCAACAACAAUAUUGUGCCGCCAACAGAUACAAUUGAGGCGGUAGCAAAUAUUGAUCAACAACAUUUUAACGGUGGUGGUAUUGUUGUUGAAGGUCACUAUGCAAAACUAUCCGAUUUGAGAAAGUCAUCAGUGCACAAUUAUAAUAAGAAUAUUAAUAAUGAUAAUAAGCAGACAUCUGUAAUAAAUAAUGGAGCAUCCGUAGUUGAUAUGCUUGAUGUGAAACAAAAUAAUACUACAUUAGAGCUUGCGAACCCUGCUAAUAAUACUCCUUCACAAAUUGGUAAACGUAAUGCAAUUUUAAGGACGAAUUCGUCAUUCGAUUAUAUUGGUGGCGGGGAACAAAUUCAAACACAUCCACAUCGUGAUAAACCACAUGGGCAUCAUCAUGGUCAUAGUCAUGAUUUAAGUUCUGUUCGUGCAAUUGCUUAUACUAUAAUUGCUGGUGAUGGAUUACAUAACUUUUGUGAUGGUAUAGCUAUUGGCGCUGCAUUCGCGAAUGAUAUGCGUGGUGGUCUGUCAACUUCAAUAGCUGUAUUAUGUCAUGAACUCCCACAUGAACUAGGUGAUUUUGCUGUUUUACUUCAUGCUGGAAUGUCUGUAAAAUCAGCUUUAUUUUAUAAUUUAUUAUCCAGUAUAUUAUGUGCUGCUGGUAUGAUUAUUGGUUUUUUACUUGGUGGAAUGCAUUCAUUAGAUACAUGGAUAUUUAUGUUAGCUGCUGGAAUGUUUAUUUAUAUUGCAUUAGUUGAUAUGAUGCCAGAAUUAUCGGCUAAUCAACUUAAAGGUAAUCGACGUUGUCAUCAACCGAGUGUUUUAUUUAUAUGGCAAAAUUUUGGUAUCCUUUUAGGUUUCUGUAUAAUGCUAUUAAUAGCAUUUUAUGAAUUUCAAUUUAUAUCACACUAACCAAAAAAAAAUUUUUUUUUUUACAUCUUUUCAAAUCAUAUUUCUUUAUGCACCCCCACCCAUCGGCAACCUCCCACCCCCCAUCUAUCUCUUUUUUUCUUUAAUGAAAAAAUAAAGAAGAAAAAAGUAUUGAUUAUUUCCAUUGACAAAUUACAUUUCUAUUUUUUCUUUAUCUUUGUAUCUUUUUUUUUAUUUACCCGAUUUGAUGUAAUUAAGAAAAACAAAACAUUAUUCUCUCUUUUUUUGUUUUUUUUUAAAGGGAGAAAAACAAUUUUUUUCUCUUUAACUUCUCUCUCUUUUUUUGUUCUUUUUUUCCUAAGAAAAAAAAAAGAACGAAGUUUAUAUUUAGAUAUAUUUUGCUAUUUAUACAUUUAGUCUUAAAUAAAUAAAUAAAGAAAGAAAGAAAGAAAAUGCGCUUUAUAUGAUUUUGUUUAAUGGUUAAUUAUGAUCUUUAUUUCAAUGAUCAACUACUCUAUUAUCAUUUCAAUGUGGAUUAUUUCAUAAUUGGAAAAAGGAAUGUUAUGCAGUGCUAUUUGUUGAUUAUUCGAUUAGAAUGAUAUGCGAUUCUUUUUGUUUUGUUUUUCUUUUUCUUUUCUUUUCUCUUUUUUUCUUUUCUUGUUGUUGUUUUUCAUCUAUUCUACUUUAAAAUAAUUUGAUCAGAAUGAUCUUAUUUUCUGUUGAUCUCAUUUUUAAGUUCGAUUAAAGAUUUGUUUAGUGAUGAAUAA